AGUAGCAGUGUUUUGUGUGUGCGCUAGACGAAAGACGAUAAAGCCAUCAGUUCGUGUGGUGGAGCAGCUUUUGAUUUAAUUUUCUGGCUAAUUUACGGCUGGUUCAGAGCCCCCGUGUGCGUUAAACAAUUCGCGAAAUUGUUUGCGACGUCGCGAUACAGUUGGUGAAUAUUUUGCGCGUUCGUCUGGUGUGUUUUUCGCAGUGUACUUUAGUAAGUGUAGCGCAAAUUGUGUUGAAAAGAAGCAAUUAAAUCCUUGUUAAUGGAAACAAAAGAUGAAACCAAAAUAGGAAACGAUCAAGUGUGAAAGAGUAGUGAGUGACAUCGAGUGACAGCCAGAGUCGUGUGUGGCAAGAAACCGAGCAAGCAAGACGAAAAAAUUGUGUGUAAAUAGAUAAACUGGACGCGAAAUGCGGUUACAACAGGUGCUGAGGAAGAACGAUGGUCGAUUCUGGUCCGCUGGUUGUCGCUGAGGAUGUCCAUCGUCAACGUCAGCGUGAAAUCAACGGCAAACUCAGCGACCAGAAACCCGACCUGCAACGGCAGGAUCAAUUGGAAGUUCUAAAAAUGAAUAGCGCCGAUAAUGUGGAGGAUGCAGGUACAUCGUCAUCGCCGGAAAUUGUAGAAGAAUUAGAUGGUGUAGAUGUCGGGAAAAAAGUGAACCAGGAAGAAGUGAUUGUUGUCUCUGAAGAAGAUGAAGAGGAAUUGCUACCGAAGAAUGAAAUUGGAGGUAGGAAUGGCCCUAGUGUUAUUAUGGGAGAAUCACCCAGCGCAAAGAAGGAAACAAUUUUAACGAACUGCCAAAAGGAAGGUCCAGCAGAUGAGCAGCAAUUAACACACAUUGUUGAUAGCAAAGUCGAUGACGAUCAGGAGGUGAUAGAAAUCCCAUCGACGCCACCGAUAGCAUCGUCCGAAUUGAUAGCCGCGAACGAAAUUGUAAAUAAUAAUGAUAGCCUUGCUGUAAAGCAUACUCUCACAGGUGCUUUGGAAGGUAAGACUGCCAAUAACAACGUUGUUUUGCAAAAUUGUGUAGGUCGUACAACGCAAGAAUCUCCCAAGGAAGGUAAUCAUACCUCUUCCAAGCAAACCGAGAUGGGCAUUUCCGAAGAAAACCGUAAGGUUGAACCAUUAAAGAUUAAUCUUCACCGGGAGCCUAUUAGAACUAUAAUUAAACUGCCACCGGGAUCUGGAUCAGAUCACCAACCCAGCUCUCCAAAGAUAACGAUUAAACCGUUGAAACCCCCGCCCAGUGUGGAUGGUACUCAGGUCAAUAGCAUUCCCAAGCUAACGAUCAAACCGGUGAUUAAUCCCGAGGAACCCAGCACUGAGCAAAUGCAAAUCAUUCCUAAGUUGCACAUAAAAAAUUCCUCGCUGGAUAAUUCUGGGGCCGAUGGAAGCGAACCCCACAUUGUGCCUAAGUUGACGAUUCGUGCCGUGAACCACAGCAGUCCGACGAUAGCAGGAGGCUCCGGAUCUUCCGGCAAUGAUACUCCGAGUUUGACAGCUCAUAACUCCUCAAACUCAUCGCUUUCCAAUUCGCCUCCCAUGGUUCCUAAGCUCACGAUUAAAAAGGAUAACCAUCAUCACCACAGCAGUCAUCAUCAUCACCAUCAUCACCACUCGCACCAUAAUAACCGGUUGGUAACUAAGGAGGAUGAUCCUCCUGCCAUUCCUAAGCUACACAUCAAGGCAAUACCGGAACCAACGGCAUCACCCAGCUCAGGGUCAUCCGGAACAUCUUCCGGACCGGUGCUUACCAGUUCUGAGGGUGUCAAACUGACCAUCAAACCGAUUCCGGAGCCACCUCUACCGAAACUAACCAUCAAAACGAGUUCUCUAGACUCCAACGAUGUAUCAGUAGUUUCUUCGACGAGCAGCAGUUUUUCGCCGAAACUCUCAACGCCUCCACCUGCAUCUCCGAGCGAUCAGCACUCGAACAUUACAUCGACAAUUCCAAAACUUACCAUCAAGCCCAUCCCUAAGCCACCUCCGACCAUUCCAAGGGAUCCAUCGGAAGUUCCGAUUCCCAAACUCACAAUCAAACCGAUGCCUCCAAAGCCGCUCGCUUCUGAGGACAGCUGCUCAAGUGAAAACAGUAUUAACUCGUUAGAAUCUUCGCCAAUCUCAUCGUCAUCAUCGGCUCCUAGUUCCGCCAUCUGCUCUCCGUCAAUGGUUCCCAAAUUGACGAUCAAGGUCCCUAAAGAAAACGAUAGUGUAGUAACUUCCUUACCGCAGAUAACGUCCGGAACGAUUACGACCACUACUAGCUCAUCCGGAAACUCUGUCUCCGUGAUCCCGGUUGUAAAGAAACUCAACAUCAAACCCAUGCCACCACAACCGAAAGAAACCUCCAAGCCAGUAUCGGAACCUGCGGAAGAAGUUGUAGACGUAACAGAGGAUGAAAUCUUUGAGCCUACAACGGUCAACAUCGAUUUUGAGGAACCAGAAGCGAUUAUAAUUCCAAAGUUCACUAUUAAAACAAUCUCUUCGAAUCCAAGUAAUCAAAAUUCGGAAAUCAAGUCACCCACGAAAACCACAUUGAAACAAAUUCCAGAAUCGGAACACCAGGCUACAUCUCCCUCUUCAUUUAACGACCCGUCCACUGAUGAUUGCGACCUACAGCCCACAGAGUUCAUGACCACUAGUUCAAAAACUUCGGAUUCGGGCUGUGAUUCGCCGCGAAUAAUUUUGAAGAUCAACAAGGGAAGUUCCUGCACAACGACUAGCGCAGCACAAGGCACACCAACUAUUCCACCCGAGAAAGAGGAAUCAACUGCAAAUAAGGUAGAACAAUCCGUCAAUGAGCUGAAGCGAGUGGCCACAGAAACAUCACCGGAAUCAGGUUCCGACGUACCAGAGAUGAAAAAAAUUAAAAUGAACCACCAAUCAGUAAUUGUACCCAACCAGAAGGUCAAGGAGCAACCCGUUGAAAACGACGUAAUUGUGAUAGACGACGAUAGCAAGUCAGACAUGGGAGAAGAAACAGUAUCGGCUCAAGUUGAAAUGCCAGCAAAACAGCUUCGGACUCCUCCUCCCUUAAUCGAGAUAUUCAAGUCCAGCGUCGUUCCAACUGCGGAAACGGUAGAAGUGCCGAAAACUAAACCCCAUGAAGACGGUAAUAAACUUAAGGAAAUGUUGCUUCAAGCGAAGCGUCAACGAGCAAAAACUCCAACUCCUCAUGCUGAACCUCGUCCCCGGCGGACAGCGGCGAUUCACGCGAUUCCAGCUUCGGUACUUCUCAAAAGGCAUCCCACCACACCGACACCACCCGUGACGACACCGGUAAUACAGCCGAUUCCCGAAGUUGCGCCACCCGUAUCCAAUAGCAUCACCAGCGUCCUUCUGCUAGAAAAUGACGGAGGAUCAAGUUCAGACUGCAUGAUCAUUGACGAUCCUUUGACGUUUGCAGAGAAGAACGGAACCUCAAGUAACAGCAACAGUAGUAGCUUCAGCAGCGUUACUCCCGUUCCCGCGGUAACUACUGAAUCAUCGGGCGUUGUUACUUCUACCAUUGAAUUGACGGCGGAGCCGCUAGCAAAAGUGCGCAUGAGUACGCGCAGCGGAGCAGCUAUUACCGUUCAGCCGACUAAAGAUCUUGAGACUACGCACAAACCUCCGGACAAGGACUCAGGAUUGGACGAAGGUAAACCGGACAUGGAUGAUGUUCCACCACCUGCCAAACGACCUCGAGGUCGCCCAAAAAAGCCAGUGACCCAGAAAGAGGUCGAUGAAAUCGUAGAUGACGACGAAACGCAAGAAACCGACAGCAGUAAACUGACGAUGGCUUUGAGUUUGGAAGCCAACGGCAACACAAGCUCCUCCGAGCUACCUCCCAUGCAUCCGCUGUCGACAUUUUACAAGGAAAAUCCCUGCCGGGUUUCGCCGCGAGUGCUUCUUAAACCGUUGACACCAUCGAGGCUGGAACCGAAACCGGCGUCCCCGCUGGUGGUCACCACCAACAACGCAACGAUCGAUUCGGUCGACGUGGAGGAAUCGACAUGUUCCACUUUGAAGGAGGAUCCGCUGAACGGAAUGGAAACGUCCACGAAGGAGGAGGAAUCUGUGCCAGUGGAAGUGGAAAAAGAGGAGCCAGUUACACCAAGGCCUCGUGGAAGGGGUCGCGGUCGGGGACGCGGACGAGGUCGUUUCGCCGCAGUAACCCAAAGUGCUAAGGCAGUGCUAAUUCAUCAUGGCGACGAGGAACCACAAACCCCGUUAUCGCUAGACUCCGCCUUUACUGAGGUGGAGUCUGCUCCCCCGAUCCGCCGGGGCCGUGGUAGUAGAGGUGGCCGCGGCAGUAGAGGUGGUCGAGGAAGUAGAGGUGGCCGAGGGAGUAGGGGCGGUCCUGGCAGUAGGGGUGGCCCUGGUAGCAGGGGUGGUCGAGGGAGUAGGGGCGGCCCUGGUAGCAGGGGUGGUCCUGGUAGCAGGGGCGGUCCCGGCAGCCGAGGUGGCAUGGUCAGAAGAGGAGGAGGUCCCGGAAGCAGAGGUGGUCCAGGCAGUAGAGGCGGUCGUGGAAGUAGGGGAGGUCGUGGUCGGGGGCGAGGCCGAGGAAGCCGCGGUGGUCGCGGUGGUGCGCGAUCGAAUUCCGCUAGUCCCACCAAGUACGGUUCUCUGCCAGAAUUCAGCUCGUUCAUGACGCCCGAUGGAAUGGAACUCCAUCGGCGAAAAUUGCAUCUGUCAGCAUCCUUGACCAGCCCUAAUUCGCUGCAAGUGUUUGAAGAGGACACUCUCAUGAGCGGAGAUUUCAACUUCACCACGCCGACGCGAUUGAUCAGCACUGGUCCGGGACCCUUCAGUAUGAAUGAGGAAUCGCAAAGUUCGUAUCUCAGCAGUGCCAGUGUGACGCAGGACAACAACGGAACGUUGUCAACGAUUCUGUCAACGACUGGUAGCACCCGGAAACCGAAGGCCAAAAUGGAAGUGUGCGACGUCAAUGGACGAACGGAAUUCUCCGUUGAGUUCAUCGCCGAGUAUGAAUGGCCUCUACCAACAUCCGCUCGAGGUGGAGGUGACAAUUACAUGAUCCAGGAGCAAAUCGCAGAAUAUCUUGGAGUAAAAAGCUUCAAGCGGAAAUAUCCGGAUCUGAUGAGGCGGCCGGUCGAUAUGGAAGAACGGAAUUACAUCAUGGAGCGAGGGCUCGCGUCGGAAAAAAUGUGCGACCUGGGCCUUACCGCAGUGUACGCUUCGGAAAUUCUGGACAUUAUGUGCAAUGACUAUCCGGAAAAGUACGAAGAGUACAAACGGUACCAGAGGGAGAAGUACUACCGGGACCGACAGAAGUACCUGCAAAAAGUUGCAGCCGCGGCUGCCAUCGCUAUCGACUGUGUAGAUAAGAGCCAAAUGUUAAAACAAAAGGCAAUGCAAUCGGCCGCCAGCUGGAAUAUUGGUAUGAAUAAAGAACGAAAGGAAACCCGCCUAUCCUGUAUGGACUUGCAAACUUAUGUAGUGCAAGUACCCCGAGAACAACGGCUAGAUCCCCAGCCACCGGGUCCAGAGAAACACUACCCGGUCGCUUUGGUGCCGGGCCAAUUCUCCGAAUCCUACCAAGCAUACACGCCGGAAGAAUUGGCUUGUUAUCCUAUCAACACCGCACUACUAAAUCCACACCAACUGAAGGAGAUUCUGCGUUCAGAUCGAUAUCGAAAGCUGUUGGCUGAAGUUGCUUCUGAAAGUGAAAGCAGUAGCAGUGACAGCAGUAGUGAUGACGAAGAUUCAAGUAGUGAUAGUGACGAGAGUGAAUCAGGUUCGGAUUCCGACACCGUUAGCGGUUCGGCUGAUUCUGAUGAUUCCGAUGCACCGCUUAUAAGAACACCAAGUAAGAAAGUUUCGGCGAUUAGCGCUGGUGUAAACUUGAGUCCUAGUAAUCCUAGGUUCAGGCCUCCUCCAGCAAAAGCGAUACUACCGGUAUCGAGUCCAUCCGUCAAAUCUGAACAAUCAAACACACCCAAAAUGAAUCCGUAUCUGUGUGCGGUUUGUCAAGGACCGCAAAACCGAAACCAACAGCACAAACCGGAACGAUUUAUUCGUUGUUCAAUAUGCAGGCGAAGAGCCCACCCAUCCUGCAUCGACAUGUCGGCAAAAAUGUCCAAACGUGCCUCGGAAUACCCGUGGCAGUGUUCUGAGUGCAAAUCCUGCCAAAAGUGCCACCGCCGACUUAACGUAGCUACCGUAGCAACAACGGCGGACAGUCCUGUAAGUGCUAGUGCAGGCAACAUCACUGCGACUACGGCAACGACUACAACGACAACAACAACAACAACCGCUACCAAUCGGAAGAUGGUAUUCUGUGAUCAGUGUGACCGGGGAUUCCACCUCACAUGUAUUGGUCUGCGAAAUGUUCCCGACGGUCGGUGGCAUUGCACGGUAUGUUCAAUAUGUAACCGUUGCGGAGCGCGAAGUCCCGAAGGUCACCCGAAUCCCUAUCUUACGCCGCAGCAGCGGGAAAAUCUGGCCAUGGUUGCCAUUUGGACCCACGAAUAUGACACCAACGAGCUGACUCGGAUACGAGAGCACGUCCUGACGCUGUGUGUACCCUGUGUACGGUUACGGAAGCACCAGGAGGAGGAACGACAGCAGCGGUUACACCAGUCGACAACGGAAACCGACGACGCUACAAAAGAAGCGGACGGUAGCAGCAGUACUAAUAGUAGCAAUAACAAAACACACAUAGGAAGCAGUAACAGUGGAAAUAGUGAAAAUAGUAAUAAUAAUAAUGUUAAUAGUAGCAGCACUCUAUCGGCGAAAACCGGAACGAGGGAGCCAACUGUGGUGAAAAAUAUCGGCACUCCUCCUCCGAGGCCACAUUCGAAGUCGAAAGCUUCGGCAAAAGGAUGAGCGAGGGAGCUGGCAGCAGUCUGGUAAGGAUCAAUUAUAUAAAGACUUUCUGUUUUUAAUGAGACGUUUGUGAUUUUGUAAAAGCAAAUUCGUUGCCCACCAAAAAAGCAAACCUCGUCGUAUCGUGUAGAGUUCAAAUCGAAUUAAUUUGUACAAAAAUCAAAGUUUACAUUAAGAAAGAGAGACAGAGAGUACAGUGGUAAGAACAACAGGAUUUGUUACGUCGUUUAUCUAGGUUCGUAUGUGUGUUUAUUUUGUAGGAAAAAUGUGUUUUGUUCUCUUGGCUAUCUUCCGGUUUUUGUCCUUUCAGGGGAAAAUGUUUGCAACUGGCUCAGUUCCGUUUUUGGGAACUGGUUUGUCAAACCUCUUGCUCGUUUAAGGUGUUCGAUGGAUAAUAUUCAGUAGCAAAUUUGUUCGAGCGUGAAUAGUUGAGUAAACAUUUUAUACAUAUUUUUGGCGCCUAAAAUAAUAGAUUAUUGCACUAUGCCAUCAUUUCAAGAAUUUCACGUUCAAUGUGCUUUGUUGUGACUCGUGAAAUAUUUUCAUUGCCAUUAAUACAAUGCAAAAUAUGGCUUGAGUUUCGAACAAUAUUCAUCGGGUUAGGGUAUAAUCAAAAGCAAGACACCAUUCGAGCAAGCUCCGCAACGUGAAUCGAACAAAUAUUUAAUAUCUAUGGUCGUUGAAAAUAUACAUUUGCGUUUAAUUCGAGUUUUGCAUAGAUUGCUGCCUAGUAACGAUGGUUUUCGUGGAAAUCGCAAUUAUCGUUGCAUUAUAUAAUUCAUCUACAGUUAUUUCAUUUUUUUCAUGUUACUCACCACACGUUAAGUCGGAAGGCAGCGAAUAUUAUGUAAGUUGCUGGCAUCUCAGAUUUCUCCGCGGGGUAUUUGAAAUCAUCUUUCAAAAGGAAACUAGUGUGAUAGGUAGAAUAAUUUUGAAGGUUACAUUAUUCGAGCAGGUAAUUAAUUACAUAUUCACUUCUAUACUUGCCCACGACUCGAACUAUUCCUUUGAACUGUUUUCCUUUUGGAUUUGCUGGCGUAAACGGGAAUGGCAACCACUUUUUCAUAAAAAGAUUUUUUUUUUUCGAAAGUGGGGACAAAUUUCAUUUUUUUCUGUUGUUGUCAAAUUUUUUGAGAAGGGAUAUUAAAGUUUUAUCGGAAAAACAAUAACAUUUUCAUUCAUAGUAGAACUUGAAAAAAAAAUUAGAGUUUUCAAAUUCCCACAACCUUUAUUAUCCAAAGGUCAAUUCCGUAGAGGAAGGAACUAAUAUUUGUUCUGGCCUAAUUGUUGCUGGAAUAGAGUGACAUCCAGACUGUCAUUUAAAUUAUCAACAUGAAAUAUGUAGUCAAUAUUCCAGCCUUCCGUAGCUCAUUGGUGAGACGGGCGCUAGGCUACAGAGCAGACGACCAUGCUGAAGUUGAAGUAGUGUCGUGAGGACCUGAGUCUGUGAAUUCCUGUAACUAGAAAAAAAUAAAACACAAACUACGACUAGGCCGUCUCGAUGUUACAUUCGAUGUACAUUCUUCUAAAGAUGGGAUCAUUCAUAUGCUUCACUUUUUUGUUGUGGGGAUUAUGUCAAAUGCUAUAUGCUGAACGGCCCACUGUAUUUGACUUAAUUUUUCAACGAUUAUGCUAAAUGGUCGUUAUACCAAAUGGCCUUAGACAUUUAACUCGUUAUGCCAAAUGGCGUUAUGCCAUAUGGGCUUCUCCCAUCUAUUUAAAAACAUGAAUUAUUCAAACAUUAACCUGUAAUUUUGUUUUGUAAAAUCGAAGAGCAUUCAGUAGUUGUUCUCGAAAUAGGAUAAAUG